AUGUGCGCUGAGGGCAUUGGCCGCACCGGCUCAGUUGAAGCAAAGACGCAAUACGACUGUAAGCAGCGUUCCGGGGCUAAGGCCGAGGCAAGUAUGAUAAAUCUCGGUAGAUCUCGCUCGACGCCACCAUCCUACUGUAGUGACGGUGUGUUGCCGGUAAGCGCUAGUAUAGAAACCCCCGGAUGGACCCCUGCUCGCAUCACUGCCAUUUUUGGAGAGAAACACGGAGGGAUUUCCGUAGAGAUUUGGGUACGAGGUAUCUGA